GGGAUUGGGAGGGUAAGAAGUGAAGGAGCAGCUCCUGCCAUUGUUCUCGGUCUGGAAGUCCGGGUUCGGGUUCGGGGCUGGAGGCUGGAGACGGGACGGCGCUCUGUCGCUAUGACGGGCUCCGGUCCGAGGCUCGGGCUCCUGCUGCUGCUGGCGGUUCUGCUGCAGACUGUGGUCGUCACCAUCACCGUGCUGCACUUCACAACGGCUCUCAAUUCGAUGAAGGAGACGUUUGCCAGGAGCAGCGUUUCCUGUUUGACGGGCGCUGACCUGCAGAGCAUCACCGCCGUGAGAGGAGAUCCGUGUUGGCAGGUCACACAGCAGCUACACCUGCUCAUCGAGAAGUCUCUGUCUCAACGUUACCAGCGGCAGAUCUCGUCAGCGGUGAGAGGUGAAGUGUCUCGUGUGUUGCCCUCACUUGUGAUGGAGGACAGUGCUUCGCCUCGCCCCAAAGUGGGCGCCCACGUCACCGGGAGCUUCCUGCCCAAUCCGGCGCGCGAGGGAGGAGUGUUGGCCGGGCGUCGCAUCCAGGGUCAGAAGAUCUCGUGGUGGGAGGGACAGAAGGGGCUGGCCUUUCUGCAGGACGUGCAGCUGCUGGACGGCGAGCUGGUCGUCCCGCAGCCGGGACUUUACUAUGUUUACGCGCAGACGUAUUUCAGACACACGCACGCGCUCGACAGCGACCAGGAGGAGGAGGAGGACGGGGGCGGGGAGGAGGCGCAGGACAGAGGGAGGCCGCUGCUGCAAUAUGUCUACAAGAAGGUGACCUCAUACCCGGUUCCCAUCCUGCUGAUGAAGACCAGCCGGACCUCCUGCUGGUCCCGGGGCUCCCAGUUCUCUCUGCACUCCGCCCACCAGGGGGGGCUGUUCCCGCUCAAUGCCGGCGACCACCUGUUUGUCACAGUGACCAAUGCGUCGGCCGUGGACACGGACGAGAAGAGCAGCUUCUUCGGUGCUUUUCUCAUCAGUUAGAGAAUCUGACGACUUUCACAGACUUCCUCUCUGACUGCACUUGUAACGGGAGAAAGUGAAAGAUCGCAGGUUGGUUCUGGAAUCGCGACACUGUUUUUUUGUCGGUGGAGGAGAAGUUCUAAUCACACGGUGGAGGCUUCAACUCAAACACUUUUUAUAUACAUAUGAAAUAUUUCAGCACAAGCACGAGACAAAUAAGUCUUUAAAUUAUGUUUUUAAAGUCAUGGAUCAGUUUGUUUUUACAAGGAAAAACUGUUCAUGUCUUUAUCUCACUGUUAGACAGACUUUUACACGAAACUGCAGGUUUCUCUUCCCACACCAAAGCCCAUGGAGAAAAUCAGUGAUUUUAACAUCACAGCACA